CUAUUCCGAGAGUCCAAAAGACACCAAAGAAGACACACUUGCGUUGGACUGGCAGUUCUGCUGAGCGAGGGAGAGCUCCGGGGGCUGCUGUCACUUACCAGUGGAGGACAACCAGCUACAGUGGACGUAUCACAGGUUAUUACAACAGGCUACUGAAGCUCGGGAUCAAACAUUACCAUGGAUGUACUCGCCUUAGAGGCAAAGAAUGUGAAUGGAGCAGAGCCCGAGAAGAAAUCUGCACCGAGGCCCAAACCGAAACCUCCCAAGAAGCCCAAAAGGACCGUUUACUUUGAGGUGGAGAUCGUGGACUUAAAGACCAAGGAGAAACUCUUACUGCUGGAUAAGGUGGAGCCAACAGCUACUAUUUUGGAUAUUAAAGCUCUGUUUCACAAAUCGUAUCCAAAGUGGUAUCCAGCCAGACAAUCCCUGCGUUUGGAUCCAAAGGCCAAGUGUCUCAGGGACGAGGACAUUCUCCAGACACUUCCUGUGGGAACCACAGCCAGCUUUUACUUCAGUGACCUAGGACCCCAGCUCACAUGGGGAACUGUGUUCCUGACAGAGUGUGCAGGUCCACUGAUCAUCUACUUAAUGUUCUACUUCCGCCUUCCCUUCAUCUACUCUCCGAAGUAUGACUUCACCAGCAGCAAGCAGUGGGUCGUACACUUGGCCUGCAUGUGUCACUCCUUCCACUACAUCAAGAGGAUUUUGGAGACACUGUUUGUCCAUCGUAUCUCCCAUGGGACCAUGCCUCUAAGAAACAUCUUUAAGAACUGUGGCUAUUACUGGUGCUCCGCAGCUUGGAUGGCCUACUACAUUAACCACCCUCUCUAUACCCCUCCCUAUUAUGGGCAGCAACAGGUGAAUACAGGACUUUACAUUUUCUUGUUCUGUCAGGUGGGGAAUUUUUCCAUCCACGUUGCACUUCGUAACCUCAAACCUCCAGGUUCAAAAACCAAGAAGAUUCCUUACCCAACGAAAAACCCAUUCACGUGGAUUUUUUGGCUGGUCUCUUGUCCGAACUACACAUAUGAGCUGGGCUCCUGGAUCGGCUUCACGUUAAUGACCCAGUGUGUGCCUGUGGCUUUUUUCACUCUCGUGGCUUUCAUCCAGAUGACCGUGUGGGCCAAAGGCAAACACCGCAGCUACUUAAAGGAGUUCAGAGAUUAUCCAACCCUGCGCUCCUCCAUACUCCCCUUCAUCCUGUAGAGCCCAGCAGAGAAAAACAAAGGUUGCUACACACAUCCAACUUCUCACUGACUGGGUCUUUUUUUUUUUUUUUCGAAGGGCCCCUCCAUCCAUUCGGAUGUCAGAAAGUGUGUACUGAGAUUAACAGCAUGGAUACAUUUUGGUCACAUGAACUACAUGUAACAUUUUCUUGCGUGUCACUC